AUGUUUAGAACAUUAGUUAGACCAAUUGGAUUCCAAUUGGUGAGACAAAAACCGUCUAUUAACUUAUGGGUCAAAUCUUUCACCACAACUCCUUCAAUUUUUGCAACUGCUGUUUCAAAUAAAAAAUCCACCACCAACACCAAAAAAAACAGCACCACUAAAAAUAAAAAACCAUCAACCUCCACUACAAAAAAAUCCAAAUCCAAAGCCAAAGCUAAAAUCCCAACAGAAUUAAGAAAAUUACAAAUCAAAUUAACAAAAGCUAAAUUAGAUAAAAAGAAAACUGAAUCAAAAUUAAAAGCUCAUGAAACGAAUUUAAAAAAAUUAAUUAGAGAAAGAACUAAAAAAGCAAAAGAAUUAGAAAAUUCAAAACUUUCUAAAGCAAAAGAAUUGAAAAAUCAAAAAAAAUUAUUAAAAGAUGCAUUAAGAGAUCCACGUACUUAUACAGUUUUUAAUUUUUAUUCUAAAAUAACCAAAACUCCAAUAUCUAUAUUACGUGAAACUUAUGAAAAUUUACCAUCUUAUGAGCAAGAUAAAUGGCAAGAAGCAACAACUAAAUUUAAUGAAUUAUUAAAAAAACAAGUUACUCCAAAACCAAAAUUAGGUCCAACAUCAAAAUAUCAAAAAUUUGUUAGUGAAAAUUACCCCCUGGGGGAAUCAUCAUCAACAAAUGCAAUGAAAUCAAUUGCAGAAAAAUGGAAAAACUUAACAAAUGAUGAAAAAAAUUCAUUUGAAAUUCCUGAAGAUGAAAAAACAAGAAUUAAAACAAUUCAAAAAGAUUGGCAAAAUAAAAGAUUAAAAGAAUAUCCUGAGUUAAUUAAAUUUAAAAAAGAAUAUACUUUUGAUAUUAAUGCGUAG